AUGCAGGCGGGCCUUCCCCCAUGCGCACAGCGCGACUCCAUCCAGCAACGCAUGUCAAAAAUCAAAAACUUGAAAAAGUCUCUGGCGGACGAGGAGCGACAGCUCCGUUCAUCGUGGAACUUCACACUCCCCAUCAACCACCUUCCCCGCGAGCUCCUCGUCGACAUCUUUGCGAAAGUUAUCCAGUCAUGGACCGACGCGGGCGUUGACCGAGGUACCCCAGGACGCCGCUCAGGGCUGAUGCGGGUCUGUCGCGAUUGGCACGAUCUCAUCCUUUCGGAGGCAACGCUGUGGUCUCGGCUGUACGUCCCACCUUCUGUUCCCCUCAGCGUUCUUUCCCUCCACCUGUCGCGUUCGAAAAAUGCGGGCCUGGACGUAUACCUCGACAUGAAGUACAACAAGACUUUCAUGUAUGCGGGGAAAGACAUCGCGCGGCUGCUCGCGCUGCAGUACAGGAGGAUUGGCGCGCUCACAAUACCCUCUAUCGAUACACUCCCCCCGCCUGCUUUCGAGGCUUUAUUCUGCGGUGUCUCCUGGCCCAUUCUGACACGUCUCAGCAUCAAUUUCCUCCUUGCAACACGAGAACGCCUUUCUCUCUCCGAGAUCGAGCCCGUCCUCAAUCUGACCUCGCAUCGCUUUCCGGAACUCCGAACCCUCGUCCUCUCCGGGGGCGUCGUCCCCUCAAUAGAUCCCCAGCUACUUCGUCAACUGAGAUCGCUCACGCUUCACUCCCCCCGACUUGCUGAAUGGCCAUCCUCUCAAAAGUUCCUUACGGACCUCUCUGAAGCGACACAGCUCGAAGAGCUCUCUAUCUGUCGGCGGACAUCAGAUCACGAACUGUUGAUCACUCAGUCAGAAAACCUCGCGACCCAUGCCUUCCUUGCUUCUGCACUCCCGCGCUUGCGCUCGCUCACCAUCAACACCGAUCGCCCUCAAGACUACGGCUCGCUAGUCAUGCACACUCUCAAUUCAUCCGGCCUGAUGACCGUUCAGCUCUUCCUGACCGGGUGGACCCGUCAUCCCCCUGCGCCAGGACAACAAAAGCGCCGCAGCUUCGUAAACGCCCUCUUCCCAUCCCAUGAAACUUCCACCACACCUCUCCUGUCUCCCACUCUGCGCUCCGCUCAAGUCCGAAUCCACGAGACCCAACUCGAGCUCCGCGGGUAUCGCUACGACUCUCUGGAAGACGAGGUCCUCUACCUCGUGGUCCACGGCGCCAGUGCGAGAAGGCGCGGAAUCUACCCGAUCGCAGACGCGCUCGAAGACGUCGCUCUCCUCCUCCGCGGGCUGCCUCUCGUCGAGUUCCGGCUCGUCUGCACUCCCUACGACCGCACCGCGGUCCAGAGCUGGCGCGCCGUCUUGAGCGCGCUCCCCGACCUCGAGGUGCUCGACGUUCAAGGAUCCGCGGACGUGCAGGCCAUUUUGUCGGCGCUCCGCCCGUCCGACUCCUCCACCGCCGAGGCAUCCAUGGCCGCAAGCUCGGGGGACGGCGCGCAGAAGGUGGUUCUCGGCACGAGGCUGGAGUUCCUCUUCGUCGGGAUCGACGGCGUCAACAAGUGGGGCGUGGACUCCGCGGCGAGCGCGAGGCGGCUGUUGGAAGAGACGGUGGACUGCAUCCGUCUUCGGGAGGAACAGGGCGCGGCUCCGCUCUCGAUGCUGAUGCUCGAAUGCCAGUGUCAGAUCGCAGACGAUGACGAGGAAGAGGAGCUGGAAGAGGCGGUGUCUCAGUGCCGGGGCAGGCUGUUUGAGCUCAUAAAAUUUCUGGACCUGUCGAUCGUGUUUCGUUCGUAG